UGGGAAAUUCCCCGGCUAGGGCGGGAGCCUGCGCUGCGGUCAGCUGAGCGGCGCCCGGUGGGUCGCGAGGCCGCGCGUCACCGUCCGGCUGUCCGGUCGCCGCCCCCCCGGCCGGUCCCUGGUGGACAUCGGCAUCCAGAGCUCUGGGACUGGGCCAAGAUGCCAACGAAGCAGUGACCUGAGAGGAGCGGAUCCCGGCGGCCGGACCUGUUACCAUGUCCCAUCAACCUCUGAGCUGCCUGACUGAGAAGGGGGACAGCCCCUGUGAGACCCCAGGAAAUGGACCCCCCAAUAUGGUUCACCCCAGCCUGGACACAUUCACGCCUGAGGAGCUGUUGCAGCAAAUGAAGGAGCUCCUGGUUGAGAACCACCAGCUGAAAGAAGCCAUGAAGCUAAAUAACCAAGCUAUGAAAGGGCGAUUUGAGGAGCUUUCGGCCUGGACAGAGAAGCAGAAGGAAGAACGCCAGUUGUUUGAGACACAGAGCAAAGAAGCGAAGGAGCGCCUGAUGGCCCUGAGUCAUGAAAAUGAGAAACUGAAGGCAGAGCUUGGGAAACUAAGAGAGAAAUCAGAAAAGCCAUUUGAAGGCUCCGUAAGUGGCUCCAGGCUCCCCAGCACAGACUUGGAGCAGGAGGUAGAGCAGCUGAAGACCCAGGUGAGGCGCCUUCAGGCUGAAAAGGCAGACCUGCUGGGCAUCGUCUCAGAACUUCAGCUCAAGCUCAACUCCAGCGGCUCCUCAGAAGAUUCCUUUGUCGAGAUCAGGAUGGCUGAAGGAGAAGCUGAAGGGGCAGUGAAGGAAAUGAAGAGCAACAGUCUUAGACCUACAAGAACAGACGCCAUCAACAUGACCAAAUCUAUAGAAGAUGCCAGGACCUAUGUGGAGUUUGAGGAAUUGACUGUGAGCCAACUCCUGCUUUGCCUGAGGGAAGGAAACCAAAAGGUGGAGAGACUUGAAAUGGCACUCAGAGAAGCCAAAGAAAGAAUUUCCGACUUUGAAAAGAAAGCAAAUGACCAUUCUGACAUUGAGACCCAGACAGAGGGGCGCAUAGAAGAGGAGAAUGAAGAGGACAAAGACCCGGAAAGUGUUGGAAGCGAAGUGGAAACGCUGAACGUUCAAGUGACCUCUCUGUUUAAGGAGCUUCAAGAGGCACACACGAAACUCAGUGAGGCUGAGCUAAUGAAGAAGAGACUUCAAGAAAAGUGUCAGGCUCUGGAAAGGAAACACUCUGCAACCCCAUCAGAGCUGAAUGAGAAGCAAGAACUUGUUUACAGCAACAAGAAGUUAGAGCUGCAGGUGGAGAGCAUGCGCUCUGAAAUCAAGAUGGAGCAAGCCAAGACGGAGGAUGAAAAAUCCAGGUUAGCCACUCUGCAGUCAACACACAACAAGCUUCUUCAAGAACAUAAUAAUGCACUGAAAACAAUUGAGGAACUAACCAAAAAACAGGCAGAAAAGGUAGACAAGCUGAUGCUGCAAGAGCUCCAUGAAAAGCUGGAGCUGGCAGAGCGGGCCCUGGCAUCCAAGCAGCUUCAGAUGGACGAGAUGAAGCAGACCAUCGCUAAGCAGGAGGAGGACCUAGAGACCAUGGCUGUCCUCAGGGCUCAGAUGGAGGUGUACUGUUCCGAUUUUCAUGCUGAAAGAGCAGCAAGAGAGAAGAUUCAUGAAGAAAAGGAGCAGCUGGCCUUGCAGCUGGCAAUUUUGCUGAAGGAGAGCAAUGACUUUGAGGAUGGGGGCAGCAGGCAAUCCUUGAUGGAAAUGCAGAGCAGGCAUGGGGCAAGAACCAGUGACUCUGACCAGCAGGCUUAUCUGCUUCAAAGAGGAGCCGAGGACAUGAGUUGGGGACAGCAGCAGCCUCGGAGUAUUCCGAUUCACUCUUGCCCCAAAUGUGGAGAAGUUCUGCCAGACAUGGACACGCUGCAGAUCCAUGUCAUGGACUGCAUCAUUUGAGUGUUGUGUCAGCCCCCCAACUGUUGGUAAAUGCCAGAUUGCUCCUCCAA